CCGGAAGUGAACAGGUGCUAUGGCUGCCUGACAACAGACGCGAUACUGUCCCUUUCCAUUUAAAAUGUGAUACAAAUCAUAUUUUCUCAAAAAGUGCACCGUCCGAUAAUUACACAAGGAAUCAUGACCACACACCAGCAUGAGUCUGAUGUGGAUCCCUUUCUGUGUACAUGUGGACCAUGUAGACGGUUCUGGAAGGACAACUUCAAUGAUGCUUCAGAACUUCUUAGUGAGCCGGCCAGGAGUCGUGCCAGUGGGUCAGCAUCUGUACCAUCCCACAGCCAUAUAUGUAAAAUAGGUGACCGUGUAUUGGUACAAGGAAAACACCCAGGCACCGUGAAGUUUGUGGGUGUUGUUGACGACAGUUCCAUCGCCCCACAGUUGUAUGUAGGGGUCAAGCUUGAUGACAAUGUGAACUCUGUACAUAAUGGAGUAUUUAAGGGCAAACGAUACUUCCACUGUCCACGAGGGCACGGAGCCAUGGUCCGUUACACCGAGGUUACACCUCUCAAGGGCUACAAAAGCACCCCACCUUUAGCGGGCAACUACAUGUUCCCCAGCUGGGAUGAAGUCAGAAAGAGGCGGGGUGAGCGCUAUAGCAAACUUGUGGAGAUCUACAGAAAUGCUGGGAUAGAACCACCAGAUACUGUGAUACCCCCUGCCCCAGGAUACCAACAACCCAAGCACAGGAUAGAACCGCUCAUCCAUGUCAGCGAUCCCUACGACAUAGGACUCCGGGACCGUGAGCGAAAGACCGUGCGGGAAAAACAAAAUCAGGAAAGUUUUAUUGAGGACCGUGAAAAACAAGAGCUUCGGAAGGCACAACAACACUUUGAGGGCCACACUGAAUCUGACCGCAUGGUACAAACAUUACUUAAGUUACAGCGUGCCUUUAAAGAGGGCGAGAACAUUUCUAAGAAACGAUCAAACUGGGACCUCCACAGCAAUAACUCCGACUCUGACGACUAACGUGUGGUGAGACGACAUUAAAAUAAUAAUGACUCUCAGAGGAAUUGUUACUGGAGUGAAGAAAGAUUUUCACAGCAUUUACAUACAAUCGACUUUGGUGCCAUUCUUUUUUAUAUCAUGGUCACUAUAGGUUGACAUCAUGUUGAUGUUGUGUUUUUCCUUAUUGGACGUAGUUCUAUUUCAUAAUAAACUUCAUUGCGUAUAAUCUUAAAGUUUAUAUCUAUUUUUCUGAGAAGCUUGCAUUUACAGGCUGUGUAGUUAUACAUUUUUUCAUCAAUGUAAAAUUCUGAAAAAUUUAUGAAUUUUUUAAUAUUGAAAAAACUAAAUUCAAACUAACGCGCGAGGCACAUUAGUGAGGAAUUGUACUAGAAUAAAAUUACAAAUGUUAAAUUGGUUAUUAUACCUGGUACCAAAAUUCAAUGUUAAUAUAUGUCACAGUAGUUAAUGAUCUAAUCACUUGCCUAUUAGCUCUCAAUUAAUAGAGUACUGAACUUAGUAACCAGCUCAACUCCAAGAGGAGACACUUCAGAAUGUGACCUUGGUUAUGUAUACAUAUAUGUAGAAUGUGACCAGUCUUCAUGCUAAAGUACAAAUGAAUGUUGUUUUACUGAAUCAGUUCAUCUGGGGUGUUUUUUCCAGAGACAUCAUAGUUUUUUGCUGAAUGCUUUACCUAUAGUUAUCAAAGCUGCUAGGUUUUGUUGCCGAGUGUUGGUAUUUUGACAGUGUUACUUUUGAGUAAUAAAUACAAGAGCUCACCAUUUUCAGGUAGUAUAACCUAAACAGCUGCAUGGUACAUUGAAUCAUUUAGUGAUACAAAAGCGAUAAAUGAUACUGUGUAUACUACCUUCUAUUGACAUUGCUAUUACAUUCUAUCAGACUGUAUUCAACAAUAUCCUUGCUGUAAAUAGAUCAUUGUUUGCAGUCACUUUUGUUUGAAAGACCAUGUAUAUAACCAAAGUAACAGAGUUUUCCUGACUGAAGGUAUUGUAAACCAUACAGCAGUGAUAAGGACGGCUAAACAAUAUUAUUUACAGUUUAUUCUUUGUUAAUUAGGGCCCAGUUCCAAAAUGUAAUUUAUUAAUAUUUCUUCAGAUGUUGAUAAUUAGGCCAUUUCAGUUUUGAGGGUACAUAUGGCGUAAUAUGGCUCCUGCUAUCCCCAUUCUAUGAUACAGUAUGUCCUUUCAGCAGUAUGAAGUCUGGGUUUGGGGUUUACCAGGCAUUUACACGAGGUGAGUUGAAGUCAUUAACAUUUUCUAUAUACAAUUUGGUGUACCCAGCUGUUAGCUACAGAAUAUCUUUACAUUUUGUAUGAGUAUUUACACAAAUGUGGUGUAGAUAUCUAUGAUGAGCUUUUCUAAGUUGGCUAAAUACAAAGUCAUGUGUUCAACACCAUGUAUGUUGAAAAUGAUUUAUAAACAGCAUGCGACUUUUACGUAGUCAGGAUAAAAAUACUUAUAGGUUGAACAGUACUUUAAAAUGUUUUGUGUGUACUCUUUGUAUGUUUGUAUUGGCCUAUAACCAUGUGGAAAGCUUCCUGAUCACCUUUUUGCUAUUUGUUUGUAUCCUUGAUAGAUAUAGAAUAAAGCUUGUACAUCCUUUAUAAUCUACUAAACAUGAUCUGUUACUGAUAACAGUAUAUUUAUACAUAUAUAUGAUUACAGUAAGUGUUUAUGAUUUUAUAUACAUGUAAAUAAUAAUAUAUAGAUGAUAUUUACAAAACAAUCUGUGAUAGCUGAUAAAUGUAUUAUUUUUUUCAAAUAUAUUGUGAGAUGUUUAAGUGACUUUAGUGUACACACUGCGGUCACUACCGUUAUUGAAAAAUUCUAAAUUCUUUAUAGGGAAAAAUACUUGAGUUGAUAAUGUUCCUUGAAUAUGGAAACAUUGAAGAGAACAUUAAAUAAACAAAGGUUACUCAUUAAUGUAAAGUUAUAAUUGUAUAAAUAUUUACUUAAAAUUCUGGAUAUGUCAAAAUUUCUGACAAUCAUGAACUAUGAACUAAUGUCAACUUGGUAAAAUACUAGCCGCUUCCUACCGACUCGGCUAAGGAGAAUUUCUCUUUAGAUCAUUCAGUAGAGCGUAAGACUAGUAAGCCAGAGGUACCGGGUUCAACUCCUAGAGGAGGCAUUAAAAAAAAAUGACCUCUGUUACAUUAACAACAGUUAUAUCAAUAAUUGUCCGACAGGAAAGUUUAAUGAUGCACACUACAUUGUGAAACUAUAACUUAUAUACAAUAGAUCAGUGUGUGGCAGGAGAUUUGUACUGUUUUGUACUAGAUACAAUAGAUCAGUGUGUGGCAGGAGAUUUGUACUUUUUUGGUACUAUAUACAAUAGAUCAGUGUGUGGCAGGAGAUUUGUACUGAUUUGUACUAUAUACAAUAGAUCAGUGUAUGGCAGGAGAUCUGUACUGAUUUGUACUAUAGACGAUGGAUCAGUAGUUGUGUGUAUAUUACAACACUAUUGACAUUUCAUGCCAAACAUUAUAUAGUGUCCGACAAUAAAAUUGUUUACUAC